UCUAUGAUAAUCCUAUAGCUGCAUGGUUGAAGAACACCGUGGAUUCGGUUUGGCUUUUGUUUAACCUUGAAAUCAUAAAUAAUUUUUCUUAUCCUUAAUGGUCUUCUUGUCGUGUUUGAAACUUUGCUGAUCUUUUUAUCUCAUAUUUGUGCAUCGGUCAAAGCAAAAAACGUCAAAAGAUACAGUUUUUUGAGAUACAGAAGCAAUGUUGUUAACACAGAAUGUCAGUGGCACAUCAUUUGUUGUAAAUUUUUUUAUAUGGAUCAUUCUUCCAGACUGUGCUAGAGCAUAUUACCGACGGUACACUACUUACGGAACCGGCGAUACAUUGGUAGUCGUAAUGACAGGCGGGCAUGUGGACGAUGCCCAUCGAUGGGCGACAGAGUGUAUGGAUGGAGAAGCGCUUAUUGGAGUUUUCGAUGGUGGUGAUUACGGUGGCAUCGGAACUAUAUGGUGCAAGUUUAUGUUUCCCAAAAAGAAACCUUCAUUUGGAAUUUAUCCGUAUUACGACUUUUGUAAUGUGAGAAAUUUGGACAAAAUGCACGAGUAUUACUGCUACGACAAAUAUUAUCCCAUGGAUACAUAUGACACAUUUAUGACAGGUUUCAGCCCGCCAGUGGGGUAUGCCUAUCGGGCAACUCAAGGUGUUCCGCUGCAUCCCGCUCUAAAUUCUUUGAACGCCGGAAAUCUCAAUAACGACCAUUUGUACAAAUGCUGCAAAUUGCCACAUGGCUAUCACCUAGACUAUUCACGAUGCCAGUAUCGAUACACUCAUGACAAAUUCGGGGAGCACUACGACGAAAAUACCAUGUUUAUGUCGAAAUGUGAUCGAGACUCCCUGAUGACGGGCAUUGGCCGAGGUGAAAAUCCCUGGACUGCCGGAUUGAAUUUUGUCUGGGUGCAGUGCUGCCCAUUGUUUUAUGACCCAAUGUUUAUUCCGCUCUAUUCAUUUGCCAAUGAAACAUACCACUGGCAAGCCGGCGUCCCGCCAUUGCGGCAGAUUCGUCGGCCGGCGUACGACUCCGCCACAACCACCGCAACCCCGGUCGUGUGAAAAAUUACGGUGAAAAUUCAGACUUUUCUGAUCUCGAUGUAUGUAGCGUUAGCAGUAACGAUGUAUUCUGAUCUCUUUAAAACAUUGAUUUCGUGUUUAGUGACUUCAUAGCACAUUAAAAGGGCGAAACUGAAAAUGUUCCUACAUUAAUUCAUUUCAUCAAAUUCUAGAUUUUCUGAUUGUUUAACUGGACACAUGCUCCAAAACAUUUAUUGACUUUUUGUAAUUAUUUGUCUUACCAUCCC